GGCGGACCUUGGGGCAGCACGGCGCGCCUGUCGCGUCCCGCGUGUCCUGCCCAGCCGUGUAGGUGAGGUCCGCAGCGGUUUCCUUGUGUCCUGCCCAGCCGUGCCAGGUGAGGUCCGCAGCGGUUUCCUUGUGUCCUGCCCAGCCGUGCCAGGUAAAAGGACACAGAAGAGAAGAUGGACUGGGGAACUCUGCAGGGUGUUUUGGGAGGUGUAAAUAAGCACUCCACCAGUAUCGGGAAGAUCUGGCUCACAGUCCUCUUCAUCUUCCGUAUCAUGAUCCUGGUUGUGGCUGCAGAGAGAGUCUGGGGAGAUGAACAACAAGAUUUUGUCUGCAACACGCUUCAGCCUGGCUGCAAAAAUGUUUGCUAUGAUCACUUUUUCCCCAUCUCUCACAUCAGACUCUGGGCCCUGCAGCUGAUCUUUGUCUCCACACCUGCGCUGCUGGUGGCCAUGCACGUGGCUUACACCAGGCAUGAGAAGAAAAGGCGGUUCAGAAACGGUGAGAAAAUUGAUAUUGAAGAGCUAAAAAAUCAAAGGCUUCACAUUCGGGGCCCCUUGUGGUGGACAUACACCAGCAGCAUCUUCUUCAGGAUCAUCUUUGAGGCUGUCUUCAUGUACGUGUUCUAUUACAUGUACGAUGGGUUCCAGAUGCCCCGCCUGGUGAAGUGCGACGCUUGGCCCUGCCCCAACACUGUGGAUUGUUUCGUGUCUCGGCCCACUGAGAAAACCACAUUUACUAUUUUCAUGCUUGCUGUAUCUGGGAUCUGCAUGAUGUUGAAUCUGGCUGAGUUGUGCUACCUAGUGAUAAAAGUUUGCACAAAAGAAUCUGGGAAAGCAACAGUUUUGAAAUAAGUCCCCGGGUUCAGGAUUUACUGGCUCCCCAUUUCCCUUCAGCUUUCUUAGGUGUAAGAAAACAAUAAACAAUAUUUUCAUACUCAAGGAAAGGAUAAAAAAUGAAUGUUCUGUUGUGUUUUAAAACUGAUAGCCUCCCCGGGAAGCUGGUGCUAAGGCAGGUUUUAAAGAUCAGUAUUCCUGCAUCCACAAUUAGAGAGAGUGGCCUUCUGGCACCAGCUUCUCCAAGUAUGCCUACUGCUGGGAUCCUAUUGUUGGGACAGCUAGCUCUUCAAACACUGGGAGUGGAAAGGACCAGAGAAGGCUCUAGUGCCCAGAGGACAUGCAGGAAUCACAAACACACUGUGUUGGCUCAGAGGCAACAGAGUAUCAAAGACUUUUGGUGAAAAGUGCGGUAAAGGAUUUUCUUGGUGCACAUCACAGAUUUUGAGAAGGAAAAAGACAGGGAGGUGAUUGUGUUUAUACUAGGUGUCCUCUCUAAGUAAUCUGGAGGGCAAGAAAAUGGUGUAGGAACAAAGAUACUCUGGCAGUGCAUGCUGUCAGCUUUGCUGGGCACCAGCAUGUUUUUUUCUUCUCAUCUUCUUGCCUGCACUGAGAAGCAUUUCCUUAAGGGUUGGGGGUGGCCAGUGUCAGCUGCCUGUGAAUGCCAUUAGGUCAAUGCUGCCUCCCCAUAAUCACAAAGACUACAGCAGUUGGGAGGAAUGAAGUUAAUUUUUCAUUCUCUUGAUCAGAUGAAAAAAGGGGUUGUCACCUCUGGGAGGAAGGAGGCAGUGCAAUAACUUCUCUUGUUCUCUCACAAUAUGGUGUGAAGAAUCUUAGUACAGUAGACUUCAUCUGAUAAAGAGAUGUUUUACCAUCUGACUGUGCCUCACUCAGCUAUAUACUCUUAAAACUUUUUUUUCUAAUAAAAACCAAGAAAAAAAAGCCUUUUUUUUUUUUUUUUGUUCUGCUGGUUAUCCAAAAGAAGUGCUUCAAAUUACAACAUGAUAUCCAGUGCUCAUUCAAUUGUUCCUUUUUUUUCUAUCUAGCUCUUCUUCAUAAAGCCUUCUCCCUAUCUGAGGUGCCCUUCAAAUGAGUUGAGCAAACCACUCCCAGUCUCUCUGACAUUCCACAUAGUGAGAUUAAAUCACCAUUCCUUUUCUUAAAGUUGGCCUAGCAGGAAUUACAGACAGUUUGGAGAGCUAAAAUAACAAAGGGACCCAAUCACAAAUGAGAGGGAACUUGGUAUUUUCCUUAAAGUUCACACUGCUGUGCUGUAAAUUGUAUAUUAGUAAUUUGAACUACUAUAUGAGUCAGUCUGGUCUUGUCUCAAAAGGUGUUUUAUGUCUGUAAUGGGCAGCAUAUGGAACAUAGGGCAACGCAGUUGAUCUCCCAAGUGCCCAUUGAACCCACUUAUAGAAAGCUGUUUCUCCUCCUUAGCUAUAAUGACUGGCUUUUCUCAAAGGAAUGAGCACUAGCUCAGCUUCUCUAUUUGCAUUAAUCUUUUACAGUACAUUUAAAUUUGUCACUGUUGGAGUAAACAAAACUGUAUGAAUUCACUGUGCCCUGAAAGUGGAGCAUAAAUAGGCUUACCUUGCUUGUGAGAUACAUCCACUGUUACAACUUGACUGCAGAUGGCAAUCUGUCAUCUAAGAGGAAAGCAAGAAAACCAUAAAAACACCAUCCUCAGAACCAUGAAAACGUUAGAAGGUCAUUCAUAAUGAGCUGGACUGGAAACCUGGACUGUGAAAAUAUCCUUAAUUCAACUCCAAAGAACACACUUUGGUACAUACCAGGUUUGUGCUUGAUAGAGUUCCUGCAUUAUUCCAUUUACAUGUACAAAAAGAGCAAACUAGUCCCAGUGCUCUAGUAUUACAUUUCUUUUGUAACAAGAUUUUUUUUCCUGAAAUUACAAUUAAAGCACUUUUGUGGUGUCUGUUUUCUGUAUUACUUA